AUGAAUCAACGAGUUGACAGCGGCGAGCAACGACGUUCAUCGAAGUUUUGCGGAUAAAAAGCGAUUUAAAAUUGAUAACUUGUCAAAUAAAAUUGAUUUAAUAUAAUUAUUUGACUUGUGGGAUUCAUUUGGCUACAAGUAUAUACUUGGAUUUUGAGGUUUUCGUUUUUUUUAACUGUGGACGCUAAUUUAAAGCGGUUGAUUUACGAGAAGAAAGAAGAAUAGAGCAAAGCGGCGACGGCUACUGCGACAGUCUAAAAAAAGGGGGAAAAGAGGAAGAAAAGCGAUAGCAGCGAAGCAGUCGGUUAACGACAGCGACAUUAGUGCCGGAGCAGAAGCAGAAGUAAAACGUUUGUCAAAGAGAAAAAAUUCGUAGUAGAGAAAAGUAAAAAUUGAAUUUCGGAAACGCAGGCGACGACGAAAAAAGUGUAGAACGCUGAAAAUUUUUGUUUUAAUACAACGCCGACGCUAAAUUAAAUAUUUCAUUAGAAACUUUCUAAAAGUUUAAUAUCUGAGGAUUUUAUUAACGCAAUUAACAGAAUGUCGGAACGUGAAAAUAAUGUGUACAAGGCCAAAUUGGCUGAACAAGCUGAACGUUAUGAUGAAAUGGUUGAAGCUAUGAAAAAAGUUGCUUCCCUCGAUGUUGAACUAACUGUUGAAGAGCGAAAUCUACUUUCAGUCGCUUAUAAGAAUGUAAUUGGCGCUCGACGUGCUUCAUGGCGUAUAAUUACCUCAAUUGAGCAAAAAGAGGAAAAUAAAGGCGCUGAGGAGAAGCUUGAAAUGAUCAAAACCUACCGUGGGCAGGUGGAGAAAGAGUUACGCGAUAUUUGUUCCGAUAUUUUGAAUGUGCUAGAAAAUCAUCUCAUUAAAUGCGCCACCACAGGUGAAAGCAAAGUAUUCUAUUAUAAGAUGAAGGGUGAUUAUCAUCGCUAUUUGGCUGAAUUUGCUACUGGAUCGGAUCGUAAGGAUGCGGCAGAAAAUUCACUUAUUGCUUACAAGGCUGCCAGCGAUAUUGCAAUGAAUGAUCUUCCGCCAACACAUCCCAUUCGUUUGGGUUUGGCGUUAAACUUUUCGGUAUUUUAUUAUGAAAUUCUUAAUUCGCCCGAUCGCGCUUGUAGAUUAGCGAAAGCUGCAUUCGACGAUGCCAUUGCCGAGCUAGAUACCUUAAGCGAAGAGAGCUACAAAGAUUCCACACUUAUCAUGCAAUUACUGAGGGAUAAUCUUACAUUAUGGACGUCUGAUAUGCAGGCUGAUGGUGAUGGCGAACAAAAACCGGAAAUUCAAGAUGUUGAAGAUCAGGAUGUGUCGUAAUUUAAGUAACCCCACCUUACUUAAUUAUAAAAUCCCUUCUAUAUACCUUUUCCUACUGUAAUACAGCAGCAGCAACCACACACACAAACACAUUAAAACGAGAAACAUUAUAAUACACUACAACAACAAUGGUAUACAUUAUAUACAUCUCAAUUGCAUAAAAAAAAAUUAAUAAAUAUUUUUCAGAAAAAACACUUGAAACUAAAAUAUAACUCAAACAAAUUCCUCCUGCCCCGCUCCCAUUCAAUGUGUGAAAAUUUUUGCAUUAAACAUAAUUAUUAAAAUCAGAAUUAUUAUUAAAACAACAAAAUAAUGAUUAUUAAUAAUUACGGUAAUGAUAAAUACAUCAGUAUAAAAAUAAAUAUAAUAAAAAUCAACACUAAUUAUUUUAGAGCAUAAUAACAUUUAACCUAGAAAACAGGCAAUACAUUCGCACUCACACAGUUAAUCGUUGCAAACGCAACAUUCAGAAUGUAAUAGAAGAAAAUCGAGUUUAUUUUAAGGAUUCUACAAUAAAGAAAUAUUAAGAGAAGAGGAUAGAAAAUAGUAAUAAAGAAACAAUUGUAUCAAUCAAAUAAAAAUGAGCGAAUUACAGUCAACAAAAGUGAUGGAAGAAUUGAUGAGAACUUAUCUUAGAAAUACUAGACAUAAAGUUUGAAAUGGUAAACAACGCAUAAAUAAACGAAUAAUAUAACAUGAUGGAUAAA